AAGAACUAGUGAAGUUCCAGUUAGAAAAGACCCAGAGAUUUCUGAAGGAGCGGCGUAUAGAUGCAGAAGAAGCCAAAAUUGACGAAGAGGUUCAGCGCUUCAGAGAAUCGAGAAAAAAGAACACGGUGGAAGAGGACGAAGAAGUCCGUGAGGCUAUCAACAGGGCCAAAGCCAGAUCUCAAGAGACCAAUCGUGCUUCGGUGAUGAGUGAUGACGACCUCAUGGAUGUGGCCACCUCUAACCAAAGAUUCAAUGAUGAAUCGGACGACUCUUUAGCUCCCAGCCGGGGUAGACAGAGAGGUCGGGCGAGAGGCAGAGGACAGAAUGUCUCAGCCAGGGGGUCAUCUCGGCGAGGAAGAGGAAGUGCUGCCCGUGACCAGACAGGCAGCAGCAGAACGUAUAAGCCUCUCACUCCUACGAAAAAUAUGUCGAUUUUGGAUGCAUUUAAGUCGUCCAGACAGCAGCCCUCCCGAAACACGCCUGUCAGGAAUUACUCAGAGGUGAUUGAAGACGAUGAUUCUGAUAUGGAGGUGUCUUUUACCACUUCCUCUACAAAUCAAAGAUUACCAACCACCUCAACGCAAAGCCAGAGGAAUUCUCAGAGCCAAAUGUCAAAAGGUGUUUCCUUUGAAUCAGAUGAGGAUGAAUUAUUUGUUUCCACUUCGAGAAAAAAAAGAUGAUAACCUCCGUAUCCAAAGCAUGGAAGGAAAGUGCAAAAAUGACUUCUCCAAAUUCUGCAAAGGAGACCUGAGAUGUUGGCACCUUGUUCUCCAUAAUUUUACUGUAUUGUCUAGAAACUGAUGGCUUCCUCGAAGAAGACUUAUUCUGAAUCUGCAAUGCCAUCAGACGUGCACAAAUAUCCUGCUAAAUGGUAGGAUUCAGAGUUCACUUGAGGGGAAAUGUGUAAAAAGGAAUAUUCCCCCUUAGGGGUGGCAGUUUUCACUGAGGUCUUCUUACCUUGUGACUCUUACAAUCUGUCCAGGAGUGUGAAGUUAGGAAAAUUCUGGAGCUGUGUGGGAGAAAAGAGAAUUCAGGAAAAACGGUCCCUCAUUU